UAAUAUGAUUUUUAUGAAAUACUUUUAAAAUUUGCAGUUUUUAAUAUAUUUUACUUGAAUUUGAAAAAAUCGGAUUUUAAUAUUGAGCCUGGUCAUCGAUUUUAGCGAGUUUCAGCGGUUUUUGACCGAAGUUACCGGUUUAACUCAAAUAUGAUUUUUAGUACAACCCAAAACCGGUUAGUAAACCGAGUCACGGUCUGACCGACCGACCUGGUCCGCUUUUCAAAACACGGAUAUAUAGCAAUUUAAAACUUGUUUGGAUAUAUUGGUUGGGUCUAUUUGGAUUUUGGAAUCCGUCUUUCAAAUCGGUUCUAGAUCGGUUGGUUUUAGGUGUGGAUAUUAUUAACCAAUUAUGUUAAUAACUCAAAAUGCUAAUAAUGCAAUAAAAUAUAUUUUGAUUUCAUACAAAUCUUAUUACACACUUUAAAAUUCUAUCGUCUAUAUGUGCGCAUCAUUCUAAAAUCUGAUUAGAUAUUCUUUAAUCGAAAUAUUUGCAUUAGAACAUGAAAUAUAUAAUAAUUUGAAUAAAUAUAAUGCUGUCUUUGUAACAUUUAAAUGUAGAUAUACAGUUAUAAAUAAAUUUAUAUCAAAUAAAUUUGGUUUCUAUCAAAAAUAGAUUCGCGAUUUUAAAAAGCAGAUCAAAACUAGUAAACUUCUUAAAUCAUAAGCACUACUAAUUUCUUUUUGAAAUUAAACUCUUUAAGAGUGGAUUUUCAGAGCCGAGAUGAAAACCAUGUGUGAAGAAAAACUGAUUCGUUUUUUUUAUAUUUGGCUUUAAAGUAACACUACUACUACAACAAAGAAAAGAACAAAGUCCACUUCGUUUUCAAGUUAAGGAUCUAAAGUAGAUUGUGACUUUCAAAUUUCUUUAUUUAAGGUGCAAAAUUGUUAAUAGGCUUAUAUCUGUAGACCAAGUAACUUCUAAAGCUUGUUAACACAAACAUAUUAAAAAAAACACUGGAGGGAGUCAUGGAUUAUGAUGGUGGAUUUCAUGAGGUCGAAAAAGAUGGUAAACUAUUUCUGGUAUACCACCACCCAAAAUACCGACCUAUACCACAAAUAAAAAGCCCAUCCUCAUCUGCUGAAGUAGCCAACCACGAUCACCCUCCUCUACCCCUUUUCAUAUGCCCUCUUGAACGAUGGCUAAGAAACUCUUCUAGAGAUUCCAGACUUGUCUUGAUCAAUUCUUCUCCUGAGUCUGUCCUCUCUGGUAAGGUUGGUGAUCAUCAUGUGCUUCCUUUGUUUUGGUGCAACAAUAAAAAAUUCGGCGACGAUUAUAGUGAAUGCGGUAUGUGCUCUAACUCAAACUUUGGCACAGAUUAUUACUUUUGUGCUUGCUGUUUACGAAAGUACCACAAAGAAUGUGUAGAGUCUCCACUUAAAAUUAAACACCCGUACUAUCCUCAUCAUUCUUCUCUCGAACUCUAUUAUUAUAAAGAGUUAACUGUUUGUAUACGUUGUGGAAGAGACAUGGCCGGGGGCUUGAUGUAUCAUUGUAAUGUCGAUCAAACUUUCAUGCAUCCAGUAUGUGCGAUGAAGCCGAUACCCAUUGUUAUAGACCAACAAAAAAUACAUGAUCAUCCCCUUACCUUUUUCUCUAGACCAGAUUCAUUAAUCUGCAACGUAUGUGGUUUGCUAGAAAAAGAUCCCCCCUAUGUCUGUCUCAGAUGCAACUUUGUAGCUCACGGAGGAUGUGUAGAGUGUCCACACACCAUCAAGAUAUCACGUCACCACCAUCGUAUUUCCCGUGUUUCUUAUCUUCGAUAUGAAAAGUGGCCAUGCGGAGUUUGUCGUCAAAGUAUCGACGGUAAUUAUGGUGCAUAUACAUGUAAGGAAUGUGAUGAUUACUAUGCUGUUCACUCGAAAUGUGCUCUAGGAAAAGAUGUGUGGGAUGGAGAAGAACUCAAAGGUGUACCCGAAAAAAAUGAUAUGGCAAAAGAUGCACCACCCUUCUGCAAAGUAUUUGAAGGAGUGGUCCAUUAUUUUCUUCAUGACCAUCAUCUGCGACUCGAGAAAAACAUACUCUAUGAUGAAAACAAGUUUUGUGAAGCGUGUGUCAUGCCUAUCAUUGAAGAUGAAUUCUAUUCAUGUGCGGAGUGUGACUUCAUCCUCCAUGAAACAUGCCUAAAAGCUCGUCGCAGAAUACAACAUGCGUUACAUCCUCAUCCACUUACAUUAAAGGCUACCAACAAUUACGUUUCGAGUUCGUGCUCAGCUUGUUUUCGUUGUUGUGGUGGCUUUGUUUAUGAGUGUCCGAAACAUGAAUGUUAUUUCAAGCUCGAUGUGAGGUGUGCUUUGAUUUCAGAGCCGUUUGAUUACCAAGGUCAUGAGCAUCCCUUGUUCCUAUCUUUACACCCAAAAGAAUAUGUAUUAUGCGAGGUAUGUAAAUCUAAAUGUAAUGAUUCUCCGUUAAGUUGCAUAAAAUGUGCUUUCAUUAUCUGUAUAAAAUGUGCCACCUUACCAUACAAAGUAAGCUGGUAUAAGAAGGACGAACAUUUUCUCACACUUUCAUGGGGAGAAGAGAGGUGUGAGAAAUAUUGGUGCGAAGAGUGCGAAGAUAUAGUCGAGAGAUUAUUCUAUUGGUGCAAUGAUUGCUGCACCAUCCUUCAUACUCACUGCUUAUUCAGCAAAGAGCCAUAUCUGAAACCUGGUCAAGUUCUCAAAAUAGGAGAGAAGGUGUUUCAAAUUCUCGCCAGAUGUAAUAUUUCUCGGCCAGUUUGCUAUUACUGUAUGAAGCCUUGUCAAGGAAAAAGAUUUACAAGAGAUAACCUGACUGUAUGUUCCUUGAGUUGUGCUUCUAACUAUACUUACGAUUACGAAGAAGAUUGAGUAGAGCUUUGACUCCUAUGCUAUUGUCUUCUUCUUGUUCUUCUUUAUUACUUUGUUUGUUUCAUAAUUAAUAAUAACCUUCGGUUUCUUUCUCUUA